ACAACAGGAAAAGAUACAGCCAUCAUUCCUAGAGGCAAGAAAGAACCAACCCAGAUGUUUGUGCCAGGCUGUCCCGGAGGACGGAGGGGGCGCGGCGAGAGGGUCUGUUGAUGGUGGUGUGCUGUCCAACUGGGGCUCGCCCCAUGGAGCGAGGAGAGCAGGGGAGGGGUCGACUCUUGCCAUGAGGAGUUUGGGAGAAUGGGUGUGGUGUAAGGCGGCAGAGAUGUUACCCCCUGCCUUUCCCCUCCCUCCUGACCCGCUCUGGGUUUGGUCUCUCUCAGGGAGAGUGUGAGCCUGGGAGAUGGCAGUGAUGGAAAUGGCCUGCCCAGGCGCCCCUGGCUCGGCGGUCGGGCAGCAGAAGGAGCUCAGCAAAGCCAAGGAGAAGACGCAGGCCGUGGGGAAGAAGGAAAGCGCCGUCAACCAGCUGGAGGCCGUGGAGAAGAGCCCCGUGUUCUGCGGGAAGUGGGAGAUCCUGAACGACGUGAUUACCAAAGGCACAGCCAAGGAAGGCUCCGAGGGAGGGCUGGCCAACAUCUCCAUCAUCGCCCAGGCCGAAUGUGAGAAUAGCCAAGAGUUCAGCCCCACCUUCUCUGAACGGAUUUUCAUUGCUGGGUCAAAACAGUACAGCCAGUCGGAGAGUCUCGAUCAGAUCCCCAACAAUGUGGCGCACGCAACCGAAGGCAAGAUGGCCCGCGUGUGUUGGAAGGGAAAACGGCGCAGCAAAGCCCGGAAGAAACGCAAGAAGAGGAGCUCCAAGUCCCUGGCGCAGGCGGGAGUGGCCGUGGCCAAGCCCCUGCCCAGAACCCCGGAACAGGAAAGCUGCACCGUCCCCGUGCAGGAAGAUGAGUCUCCGCUAAGCACCCCGUAUGUUAGAAACAACCCCCAGUUCACCAAGCCUCUGAAGGAGCCAGACCUCAGCCAACUCUGUUUUAAGAAACUUGGGGAGGGCCUGAAGCCAGCCCUGCCUCGAUCGGAACUCCACAAACUGAUCAGCCCCCUGCAAUGUCUGAACCACGUGUGGAAGCUCCACCACCCGCAGUACACAGGCCCUCUGCCCCAGCCCGCGCACCCCUUCCCCUACAGCCGGCUGCCCCACCCCUUCCCAUUCCACCCUCUGCAGCCCUGGAAACCGCAUCCCCUGGAGUCCCUCUUCCUGGGCAAACUAGCCUGUGUAGACAGCCAGCAGCCCCAGCCCGGCCCACACCUGAGCAAAUUGGCCUGUGUAGACAGCCAGCACCAGCCCCAGCCUGGCCCACACCUCAAGCCCAGCAGCCCCCCUCGCGGCAAGUGUGAGAAGUUCUCUGUGGAGGAAUACCUCGUGCACGCCCUGCAAGGCAGCGUGAGCUCAGGCCAGGCCCGCAGCCUGGCCAGCCUCGCCAAGACCUGGUCGGCAGGGGGCUCUAGACCCCAGGAGCCCAGCCCCAAAACUGAGGAGAGCGAGGGAGUCCUGCUUACCGAGAAACUCAAGCCUGUGGAUUAUGAGUACCGGGAGGAGGUCCACUGGGCCACGCGCCAGCCCUGCCUGGGCAGCGGCUCUUUUGGAGAGGUGCACAGGAUGGAGGACAAGCAGACCGGCUUCCAGUGUGCUGUGAAGAAGGUGCGAGUGGAUGUGUUUCGGGCAGAGGAGCUAGUGGCAUGUGCGGGACUGAAGUCGCCCAGAAUCGUCCCUUUGUAUGGUGCUGUGAGGGAGGGCCCUUGGGUCAACAUCUUCAUGGAACUGCUAGAAGGUGGCUCACUGGGCCAGCUCAUAAAGCAAAAGGGCUGUCUGCCGGAGGACCGGGCCCUGUACUACCUGGGCCAGGCCCUGGAAGGGCUGGAAUACCUUCACACCCAGAGGAUUCUGCACGGAGACGUCAAAGCUGACAAUGUGCUCCUGUCCAGCGACGGCAGCCGUGCAGCCCUCUGUGACUUUGGCCACGCUAUGUGCCUUCAACCGGACGGCCUGGGGAAGUCCUUACUCACAGGGGACUACAUCCCGGGCACAGAGACCCACAUGGCACCAGAGGUGGUGAUGGGCAAGCCCUGCGACGCCAAGGUGGACGUGUGGAGCAGCUGCUGCAUGAUGCUGCACAUGCUCAAUGGCUGCCACCCGUGGACCCAGUACUUCCGAGGGCCGCUCUGCCUCAAGAUUGCCAGCGAGCCUCCACCUGUGCAGGAGAUCCCCCCCUCCUGUGCACCUCUCACAGCCCAGGCCAUCCAGGAGGGACUGCGGAAGGAGCCUGCCCUGCGAGCGUCGGCGCUGGAGCUAGGGGGGACGGUCAGCCUGGCACUGCAGCACGUGGGAGGCCUGAGGAGCCCUUGGAGGGGAGAAUAUAAAGAACCAAGACAUCCACCACCUCAGCAAGUCCGAGCACCACCAAGCCAAGUCCUCUGUCACCAGACCCUGCGUGCCCAGCCGAGGGAGCUCUCCACAGGGGCCCCGAGGCCCCAGCCAGCUGAAGACACAAGAGGUGGGGCCCCUCAGCUCCAACCUCCUCUACCCCCAAAGCCCCCAGAGCGGAACAAGUCUCCGAGCCUGAACUGGGGCAAGGAGGAGUCUGGGACUUGGGAACCCUUGCCACUGUUCUCCCUGGACCCGGCCGCCGCCAAAAAUCCCAGCUCACUGGAGCGGAGAGCCACCCUCCCCGAGCAGGAACUACAGCAACUGGAAAUAGAAUUAUUUCUGAACAGCCUGUCCCAGCCUUUUUCUCUGGAGGAACAGGAGCAGAUUCUCUCUUGCCUCAGCAUUGACAGCUUGUCCCUGUCAGACGACAGUGAGAAGAAUCCCUCAAAGGCCUCUCAGAGCUCAAGGGACACCCUAAGUUCCGGUGUGCACUCCUGGAACAGCCAGGCGGAGGCUCGAAGCUCCAGCUGGAACAUGGUGCUGGCCCGGGGGCGGCCCACCGACACCCCAAGCUACUUCAAUGGUGUGAAGGUCCAAAUACAGUCUCUCAAUGGUGAGCACCUGCACAUCCGGGAGUUCCACCGGGUCAAGGUGGGAGACAUCGCAACUGGCAUCAGCAGCCAGAUCCCAGCCGCAGCCUUCAGCCUGGUGACCAAGGAUGGGCAGCCUGUAUGCUAUGACAUGGAAGUGCCAGACUCGGGCAUCGACCUGCAGUGCACCCUGGCCCCUGACGGCAGCUUCUCCUGGAACUGGAGGGUCAAGCACGGCCAGCUAGAGAACAGGCCCUAACCCAGCUCCACCACCGGCUCCACUCUGCCAGAAGAGCCUUCCUUCUCAGUGUUCCGUGCUGCCGCUCAGACACAGGCUCGGCUGCUGCCAGGGAUCUGCUGCCCCUACCUCGGCGCAAGGACCUGGGCUACCACCAGCAAAGUGGGGGCUAGCAAGUCACUUGCCAGGCUUUCCCACCUGGGUCCUGCCUAACCCCACCAAGAAUACCCUGUGCCUACAUGAGGAGGAGCGGAGAGGCAGGAGGCCUCUCCCCAUGGGAAACCCAGGGGGCCUUCUCUGCUCUGGUCCAGACAAGAUGGCCUGACUGCUUGCUGGCAGCAGCCUCUGGCCCAGUCACAAGGAUAUGACAAGCCCCUGGGCCUCCAGGCAGUUGUGAGGGUGUUGUUGUCAGAGGACCCACACCCAGGUCCAGUACAGGAGUCCUACCCUUCAGUCAGUGUGUGUGUGUGGGGGGGGGGGCCUCUGACCCCCGUGCCUAGCACUGAACUCCCUCCUUGGGAUCUGGAACACUUCAGACAAUGUCAGGGGGAAGGAUGAUCAACAUAGGGACGUCUCCGUGGGAGCGCACACCACACUUCUCAGGUGGUGACAGCACCUGAAUUUGGCUUCAGCCAAAGCCCAUGGAGGCUGUUCAAGUGGAACGGUUCUCAGCCCCCCAGCACGUGCCCAUUGGUGGCUGGCCCCUUUCCCCAGAGCAGCAGGCCCACCACCGCACAACUGGCUGGCUCUCAGCACCUUCAUCUGAAAAGAUGAGGGGUGGCUUGAGGCUGACCCUACAGGAGCCACCUGAGGAGGGGCCCUGAUAGACAUAAAGCAGCAGACAGAGGUGCUAGGAUUGCCCACGGCUUCCCCGUCAGGCCCUGCCAGCUGCCC